GCACACGGAUCUGCAGACCCGCACAGAAAAAACUAGAGGCAAAAUGGUUGAAUGGACAGACUUCGAGCGCGCCACCAUCCAGGACAUCUUCAGCAGGAUGGAGUAUGAGGUCGUGGGACCUGCAGCUCUUUCCAGGACUGAUGCGACCUAUGCCGAGCUGAGCGUGCUGCACUCCGAGAAACUGCACGUGGACCCCGACAAUUUCAGGCUCAUUUCCGACUGCCUGACCAUUGUGAUCGCUGCUCAGAUGGGUAAAGACUUCACUGGUGAGGUCCAGGCAGCUUUCCAGAAGUUCAUCGCAGUGGUGGUGAACGCCCUGGGAAGACAGUACCACUAGAGAGCUGCAGCAGAAGACCAUCACUGAUCAAUUGUUUUAAAGCUUUUGUUUUGUUUUUGUCUCAGAAACAAAUAAAACAAUGAGUUUAACGAGAAAA